CCGGGCGCGGAGGGGCGCGGAGGCGGCGGGACCGGCCUCACGGCGGGAGAGUGAAGUCACAGGCAGCUCCGUCCUCCUGGAAGGUUGAAACCUUGAAGAGCAGCAUCAGCCAAGCAGCACAGCAGAAGCCAUGUCACUGCCCUUCAGAAAAGAGCUGGAGAAAUAUAAGAAUAUCAAUGAAGAUGAAAUACUCAGCAAACUCUCAGAGGAUGAACUGAAACAGCUAGAGCACGUUCUCGAUGACCUUGAUCCUGAGAACGCUUUGCUUCCAGCGGGGUUUCGGCAGAAGGACCAGACCACCAAAGCUGCCACGGGCCCCUUUGACAGAGAACGCCUGCUCUCGUACUUGGAGAAGCAGGCACUUGAGCAUAAAGACAGAGAAGACUUUGUACCAUUUACAGGGGAAAAGAAAGGAAAAAUAUUUAUCCCUAAAGAAAAGCCCAUAGAAACCCGUACAGAAGAGAAAGUGACCCUGGAUCCAGAACUAGAAGAAGCCCUGGCCAGUGCUUCAGAUACAGAGCUCUAUGACCUUGCAGCUGUCCUUGGAGUGCACAACAUGGUCAACAACCCAAAAUUUGAUGAAGGAGCCCGCAGUAAAGAUGGAAAAGGAACUGUGAGAAAUGUGGUGAAAGGUGAAAAGGUCAAGCCUAUCUUUGAGGAGCCACCUAAUCCGACCAACGUGGAAGCAAGUUUACAGAGGAUAAAAGCAAAUGAUCCUAGUCUCACAGAAAUUAAUCUCAAUAACAUAAAGAAUAUUCCUAUUCCAACACUGAAGGAAUUUGCAAAAGCUUUGGAAAGCAACACACAUGUGAAGACAUUCAGCCUUGCAGCUACUCGAAGCAAUGACCCUGUAGCUAUUGCAUUUGCAGAUAUGUUGAAAGUGAACAAAACACUGAAGAGUCUGAACGUAGAAUCUAACUUCAUCACUGGGACGGGUAUCUUGGCACUGAUUGAUGCACUGAAAGAGAAUGAAUCCCUGACAGAGAUUAAAAUUGACAACCAGAGGCAGCAGCUGGGGACAGCUGUAGAAAUGGAGAUUGCCAAGAUGCUGGAGGAGAACUCCAAGAUUCUGAAGUUUGGAUACCAGUUCACAAAGCAAGGUCCAAGAACCAGGGUUGCAGCAGCUAUCACUAAAAACAAUGAUUUGGUUCGUAAAAAGCGGGUGGAAGGAGAACGGCAGUAACCACAGCACAGAGGAGGCAAGGCAAGAUUGGAGGCCACCAGCUGCAAUCUCAGAUUCUUCACUGGUCAGAAGGGAAGGCACUGGAAAACCAUUGCAGUGGGAGUUGCUCAUUUCUGUUGAUGUCACCUUUUAACCUUGAAAACAGCCUGUUCAUUUUGAACUUUCACAGUUAAUUUAAUUUUUACAAGAGAGAGUUACAGCUGGUUUGAUUUUCCUGAAAAAUGUUUUGCAGUAUCUGAAGCCAAGACGCAGAAUCUUAACUGUGUUACUGAGCAUAUAGUGACUCUGACCCCUACUUUAGACACUUUUUGAUAUGCUAAAAUAAGGAUAAGGGAUUCUCUGCCGAAAACAGAAGUUGUAGAGUCAAAGUUCUGCAAUGCCUUAUGUUUGUAAAUAAUCAUUACUUAUGUGUAUAGUCCUGCUGAACCAAAUCCUGCAACAGAUGCUCCUAGGAGUAGAACUAGUAAGGCCAGUACAGGUUUGCAGGAUCACACCCUUGAGCCUCUUUCCUGCAGAAGGAUCUGGGCAGCUGGAGCCACAUAGCAGCAGCACCCUUCUACCUUCUUGGGUCUCCACCCAUCCAGGUCCAAGUACAGGAUCAUGCCUAGACACAAAUAUUGUCAAAUCCUACUUGUUUACAUAAGCUUAUGUUUAGGUGAAUCAUUUUGCAAUAUUACAAUUUGUUAUCCUUACUCCUUGUUGUAAAGUAAUAUUAGUGCUGCCGAUCCUAGACUUCAAAUGCUUUGGGUUUUUUUCUAGGCCAACAAAUUUUAUUUUGCUACUAGAAUGCACAGUUUACAGCUAUUAACCUAAACAAGUAUUCUGAGCAAUAUUUGUUUUGCUUUGAGCCAUGUGUUUGACUUUUUUAUUUCUGGUAUUUAUGUACAUUUGUUAGUAUUAUAGAACUGUUCUCAGGACCUUUUAGGUAAAGGUUAAACAGUUAAUCCAGAAGAGCAGCUGUGCCACCAGGGAAAAAAAAAACCCACAACAAAAAUCCCACAACAUUAAAAAGGUAGUUGUGACAGCUACAUGACUUUAUAAGCUCCAGUUCAGGUAUGUCCCUGUAUCACAAGGCACUUAGGUGUCCAUGUUAGUGCUUAGCUGAGUAAGGGCAGAUGUAAGCACAUGCACAAACACUUUUCUAAAGCCAGGCCUUAACUCAGAUGGUGGAGAGAAUCUUAACCCAGUGGAAAACACCCAUGAAGCAGCUGCUAACUCCAACGCUCAACUACAUCAAAAUUUUAGUAAGAAUUCAGUCUGAUGUUUUGUGUAUUUUACAGUGUAAAGCUAUUCUCUACUACUGCUUUAUCACUGCCAAGUGUUGUCUCUGACUAAGAGCCAGAGGGUCACUGAGGUUACACUAGGCAUGCUGUGAGAGCCAGGGCAGAUCAGGGGAAGGUGAGUCACACAUACCAAUGCUCACAGAAAGCUGCAGAAAUUAACCCGGGGCAAGCGCUGCUACCCAGGGAACAGAAGCAUCUCCAGGUCUUCAGGACACCAAGGAUGAAGCACUGCUUCCUUCACCCAGGUGAUAGGACAACACUGGAAGUCACAUACCAGUUGGUACAUUUGACAUACUUUCCUGAGUGAUGCUUUUGUGACCAGAGCUAGAGUGCAAGCUAACAGGAUGAAACCCCCCCCCUGUGCCUUUUACAAUGGAAAUGAGUAGGUCCAAGGCAACAUGCUUCCUGUUGGACACUGGUCUUCAUACUGGGGUCCAAACCAAAUAAUGUACACUUAUACCCCACUUAAAAUAGUUUGCUGAAGUGGUCUGCUAAGCUGGGAUCUGAAAUGCAGAAUCUGCAGUUUACUUCCCUGGAGAUCUCCCAGUCUCUGCAAUUUCCACCUCAUUUCCAUUCCUCAAAAUAAGGCCAAAAUCUUUGAUUUACAAGUAAAAAAACCCAACACCCAGGGAAGUCUUGCUGAGAUUUCCCCUAGAUCCAUGCAGCAUUUGCUGUGAAAAAUGUUGAUAUCCUAUAAAAUAAACCUCCAUAACACAGUCAUAAUUCUGUAUGGGCUUAAACAAACAGUGCUUAAAAAAAACAUAUGGGCUACCAGGGGUAUAUUGGGCUUUGCAGCAUCAAGCCUCAUGAGUAGAAAGAAUCCUCAUGCCCAGAACCAAAAGACUGUGAUUGCUGAUAAACUUCAGUGAUUAGAAUCACACAGCCCGUUUUCUUCUUUUCCUUUAAUACAACUAAGGGAAUCCAAACUACCAGUCUUUUUUUUAAAAUAAAUUUUGAAGAUUUUAUUGGUUACUUUUUUUGAAAGGGCAGUACACACAUGUUUAAGGGAAACAAGUGCAAUCCAUUUCUAGUCUUAAUUGCCAUUUGAAGUGUUGGUAUUUGCAUGCAGCAGUUUUACAAGGAUGGAUUGUUCUGGCUGCUUCAUGAUGUCUUCAGCAUGUCACCCUGUAUAGCUUUGCUCAGGGCCACACAAGUGGUUAUAUAGUCAGGGGCCAUUCAUGUCAGCUAGAGUUUGCACCAUGGACCAAGGUACCUGGCUGGGGAAGGCCCUGUGGGCUCUGUCCCUUCGUCUGCCACACUCUUUGCACAGACAUUUCCUCUGAAGAGAGGAUUCCUCAGGCACUCAAGAGUAUAAUCUCAACCACCAGCCCCACCACACUAGCAGUCAGAGCCUGGAGCUGUGCACCCCAUGGCAGGGACCUUGGAGGCUCCUUCCAGCACGUGCAAGGAGAACCCCUAAUCCCCUGGCCAUUUUCUCCAGGCAGCUGCUGCCAGCUCCUACUACAGGGCUCAGUGACCAAGGACAUCUUUGUCCUGCCUCUUCUGUGCGCUCCACACAGGGGCAUGGUUGUCACCUAGCCCUGAGCAUCACAAGUCAAACACUGCAACAGUAUAAAGAUCUGUUGGAUGCAACAGCAGCACAUGAUGGUGAUGCCUGACAACAGAUUUUCAUAUUAAUACAGAAUUAUUUAGCUGCUUAAAAAUCUCUGCAACUAACAAGAAGGGGGGGGCACAGGAUGUGAAUAGUUAUUUUAAAUGCUACUAUCAAGCAACAUCUGGCAUACUCAAUGCUGAAUGGGGAACAUGGACAGAAGAGUCCUUUUUUCUUAAGCAAACAUUCAAGAGUAACUGUAUUUUUGCACAUUGCUUCUCGUGUUGACAGCUUCAGUUUGGUUUGUAUUUUUAUACAGUUUUUUUCAUGGAAAAGCUCAACUUUGUGUGUGUCCUAACAUAAGUGUGAAUUGUAGUGUGCACUAAGGACCAUAUGUGUACAUGUAUAACUCAAAGAUGUUAUUUCUGAAACAAAAGUAAUUGCAUGUGCAGAGGGGUGCAUAUUACUCAAGAGGAAGGGAAUUACCACGCUAUGUAACAGUGACUCCCCAGCUUGUGGUUUUUCUAAAUAAAUCUUCAUACAGGA